AAAAAAAAAAAUUUCUUCUGUGGUGGCGUGUUAACGUCAUCGAUGAUGAACCCCAAGUCGAACAGAUGAGUUGAAUGAAAAUGCGUUUUGAGUUUAAUUGAAUAAAUGUAGUUGAUGAUGAUAAUUACGCUACAUAUUACGGUGACCAUCGACUUUGAUUUUUUCGUUUCAAAAUUUCAUGUAUCAAAAUAGAAAUAUAACGAUGUCAAGCAGCAGUUCGAAAGAUGUUCCAACAAAGACCGAACCGGAUUCGAUUAUUGGUAUAUCAAAUCUGAAUGAAAUAAUGAAAGUAAUCAAUAAUAUGAAUCGCGAAAUUCGUAAGUUGCGAAAAGAAGUCAAUAAAAAUAAAGAACAAAAUGCAACAUCAUCAUCAUCUGACGAGUUACGAUCAGAUUUGACCGAAAUGGCUAAUGUUUUGCGACAAUCAAAAUCAACAAAUUCAAACGUACAAUUACAACCAUUGUGGGCUGACGAUCCUGAUGGAUGGUUCUUAUCUUGUGAAGCGGCUUUUAACGCUCAGGGUAUUAUCGAUGAGAAACAAAAAUAUUUCAAUAUCAUUCGGGCUUUGAAUAAAGAUCAAUUAGCUAGCGUACAAUAUGUACAUGCUAUGCCAUACGUUCCUGGACAUUUGCAAGCAUUGAAAUCGGCAUUGAUAUCCGCGUAUAAGCCAACUGAAGGAGAAAGAAUGAACAAGAUUCUGGCUAAGACGUCGUUAGAUUUUGGUCAACGACCUUCGGCAGCAUACAGACAAAUGGUUAAUUGGGCCGAGGGUAUUUUGGAUAAACGAGUGGUUAUGUCUCUUUGGUCGAAAUUACUACCUGAUAACAUUGCUCCCACAAUUUUUCAAAACAUUAAUUACAAGGAUUUAACUGAUGAACGUAUACGUCGUAUUGUGGAAUCUGCAGAUGAAUUAAUGGCACGUCAUGGUGAUAAAAAACAUGUAAAUUCAAUGAAUCGAUCGAGAAAAUCAUCACCAUCUCGUUUGUCGGAUUCGAAUAAAUCAUCAUACAUACCAGCUUCACUUCGUUAUUAUUAUUAUUGAGCAAUUUUGUCAAUUGAAAUUUUCACCAUUCCAUUUGGAUCUGUGAAUUUUAUGUUCAUGUUCAUGUGUCUGUGAAUAGAUUGAAUUUUUUCUUCCUUAUAAAUGCAUUAGUUAGGAAUAAAUUCUACUACGAAUUUGUGAUUCGUUCAUUCAAAAUUAUUAUUGCUUUUUUCUUUCUCUAUCCAUCUUCGAUUCUCAGUUGAAUA